AACAUUUACAUCUAGUCUGCGUUCGGGCAGGAAAACCCUGCUCGCUUCUCCACGUAAGGAUUGUUUUGAAUCAGUAAGGGGCAAUAUAAACGAAGCGGAGUGAUUGUGACGAGCCCAUGUCAAGUGUUGUUCAUUUCAACCAAACAUACACGCAGUUUCUACAGUGUUGGUGUAUCAGUGGGUUGUCGAGAGGCCCGAGUGUGGGGUUCCAAGCAUAGACUCAGCCGGGGUGAUCACCGGCCGUGCAGUGGUCAGCGGACGGACUCGGACAUUGAGGGAACACGGCUACCCUCGGGAUGGAGUACCCCGAGUUACGGGUCGUGUGUGUGCUGCUGGCGUGUUUAGUCGCCAGCAUUGAGGGUAUGUCUCAUUACCGUGACGGGAUACUGAACGAUAACGCUAAGUGUGAACCUAUCUCUAUACCCAUGUGCCUUGACAUGCGAUACAACUUCACUCGUAUGCCUAACAUGGUGGGACAUAGCAAUCAGAAGGACGCGGCUAUUCAAGUUCACGAAUUUUUACCACUUGUUCAAAUCGGAUGCUCCAAACUUUUGAAGUUUUUCUUGUGUUCCCUGUAUGCCCCAAUGUGUUCCGACAUGGUGGAGGAGACAAUGAUCAUCCUAGCUUGUCGGUCCAUGUGCGAGAAGGUUAAGAAGGAAUGUGCUCCUGUCUUAGCAAGUUUCAACUUUCCGUGGCCUGAGAUGCUCUCGUGCGAGAACCUCCCUGACAAGAGCAACAAGGACAACUUGUGUAUAGAGGCUCCCAACGUGACUGAGGAGCCUGAAUUUAAGACCGGAGCACCUGUUGAGCCGAACUUCGAUUCAUUCAAUCCAGAACUCAGGCGAAUAUUCGAGUCAUUCAGGAAAACAACAACAGAACCUUCCAAAUACGGACGUCCCCAUUAUAAGGACAGUGACAUCUGUCCAACAAGGUUCGUGCACGUGGAGAAACUUGAAGGUAACAACUCGUGUGCCCCGCGCUGUGAUAUCGACGUGUAUUUCCGUGAGGAAGACAAGGCCUUUGCUGAGAUAUGGAUGAUUGUAUGGGCGUCAGUAUGCUGUCUGUCAACAGCCAUCACUGUGUUGACCUUCGCCAUCGAUACGUCCCGCUUCAAGUACCCCGAGAGACCGAUAAUAUUCUUAUCAAUGUGUUACGCUAUAUACUCCGUAGCCUACAUGAUCCGAGCAAUCACGGGUCCUGGAGCUAUCUCGUGUGACAGGGGUCGGGAUGGACGGGAGUUCCUCAUCCAAGAAGGACUCGAGAGUACGUGGUGCAUCAUCGUCUUCCUCAUCCUCUACUUCUUCGGGAUGGCCAGUUCGAUAUGGUGGGUCAUCCUCACGGUUACAUGGUUCCUCGCGGCUGGACGCAAAUGGGGCCAAGAGGCCAUUGAAGCUCUGAGUAGUUACUUUCAUUUAGCAGCGUGGGCCAUUCCUGCUAUUAAGACAAUCAUCAUCCUGACGAUGAGGAGGGUGGAUGGCGACGAACUUACAGGUCUGUGUUAUGUGGGUAAUCAGGAUACCGACGCCCUAACGGGGUUCGUCCUGGCCCCGCUUAUCGUGUAUCUUAUUGUAGGCACGGUGUUUAUACUUGCAGGAUUCGUGGCGUUGUUCCGAAUACGAAACAAUCUCAAACACGAAGGCACAAAUAUUCGCAAACUGGAAAAACUUAUGGCCAAAAUUGGAAUAUUUUCUGUUUUAUAUACUGUACCAGCGACUUGUGUUAUUGGGUGUUUGUUUUAUGAAAGAAUGAAUUUCAGUCGGUGGCGGACACUUGCAAUGCUGCGGCAGUGCCAUGGGAGGGAGGACUGUCACCUAGAGCAUUCAAUACCCACAGUAGAGGUGUACAUGCUCAAGAUCUUCAUGUCACUCGUGGUGGGUAGCACCAGUGGAAUGUGGAUCUGGAGCUCUAAGACAGUUGCUUCUUGGAGACAGUUCUUCUCGGCCAGAUUCUCCAGGAGGAAGUCAAACUACAAUGCCAACUACCACCAAGCACCUGUUAUAGUCAUGAAACAGCAGCAUGGACCAAAGUGUAUGCCAAAAGUUGCUGGUUCCAGAGUGUGAUUCUUCUACUGCCAGGAACUGAUUUCCACAGAGUAUGACUGAGUGAGGAUUUCACAAAAUGGCAACUAUUAUUACAAAGCAUUUUUUGCCAAAUUCUCAUGAUCAUUGUUAUAUAGUCACCGGAUCUCAUUUUCAUAUCACGUGACCGUGGCUUGUGUUUGUGACGACAGAGAGAGUUUGUGUGGUGUUGAUGGACAAGAUGAAGAAGAGGAAGAUGGGAAAUACACUGACUGCCAAUGUAUGACGUUCUGUUUAAUUUUGUCACUUUUAUACCUUUUCAUUACCGCAGACAGCGGAACAUUUUUAUCAUGGAAUUUUUUACUUUUCUCAGGAUGCUUAAAGGUAAAUUUAACUUAUUUAAGUCUUAGUCCCUUUCCAAGGUUUGUAAGGUUUGUGAAAAUGUCACCAGGUCUGGUAGGCCGUCAAGUCACCUGGAUGCACUAAAGAGAAACAUUUCCCCGCCUAAAGGCCCUUGGGUAUAAAAUUCGGCAAAUCUCAGAGAAAGCAAUGCUGUUUACUUAGUUCUUCCCAUCCCUAAGCAUGAGAGCACAUAGAGAAGAGCUCCUCGCCCGUCUCUCAGUUAACGGAUACGUUCAAAGACAGCCAAGUGAGUCAAUAUGAGGGCCCGCUAUUGACAAACACAGUGUGCCGGAGUCCCUAUCUGUCGGCUUAGCUAUUGUAACGAUGUGUCGGGGGGCGAUCAGCUACACAAACCAGUGUCCAUACCUGUGGCCAAUGCAAGUUAGCACGCUAGACAAGCAAUGUAGAUAAGGGGGGUUGUACUGGGUAGAAGUUCAUCGUAAUAUGAGAUUGAUUAGAACCGGGGCAAUCGUCUAUCAAUCAUGAUGAGAAAACAAGUUUUAUCUGCGGAGAGAACACGAAUUCCUGUGUCAACCAUCUGACGGUCGAUGUCUCCGCUUUGGCCGUACAAGAAUUUGCUUUGAACUCCAAUGUAUCUGAACAUAGGGCUUGAGACGGCCGCAGUGAUAGGUCUGCUUUGUUGGGUCAAUUAUCAAUAUUAUUGAUGAAUACUAAACCCCUAAUUUCAUACAUGAUAUGGAUUUGGGAAAGCAGUACAAACACGAACGCCUUUGAUGUAGUUUGAAAGUAUUUUCCUUACGUAAGAAAAGCAUUUAUAAUCGAUCGCGCUAUCAGUAGUGUUUUUAUCAAAGGAAUUUCAAUGACAAAGUGUUUGCUAUGCGUACGCGCAAGCGUAUGACAUGCAAUGCGUGAACUGUUUAUUCUGACUUGAACUAUCUAACCUCUCGGUCAAAAAACAUUGGAGAUAAGUUUCCGGUAUAAAUAUUUAUAAAUUAAUUGGAACCACGUAAGGAUCCACAAGUUUCAUUAUGCUAGAGCCGGGCUAAAGUAUUUCGCUCGGGCUGUAGUUUGCAAUAGCUUUAAACGGGAACAGUACAUUGCCACGGAACAUGACUGAACGUAACUCGCUUGGGCUGUAGUUUGCAAUAGUUUUAAACGGGAACAGUACAUUGCUUAAGGAGCAAGACGGUUUCCUGAACAGGAAAUUAAUGAACAUUUGGACAAAUCCCUUGUGCCCUAUUUGUAAUCGGCGCUACCAGCUCAGUGUUCAAUAUCCGAGUCAACUAUUGACACGGGAUUGUGUAUACGGAAAUACUAAAUCUAACCAACCCGGGCGUAUAUGGGCAACGUAACGGUUCUUAUCAGUCGGGUGAUUUACACUGGUUGAUUCUGAGUGGAAGAGUCGCUCGUUCUGAUAUGAACAAACAAUUUAAGGCACUGCUUGUGUAGUUGAAUGGUGUCAGUCGGGGCAAACCGAUAUGAAUUAUUACCUAAUAAAGUAUGUCAUUUGAAACUGAUACCGACAUUAAUCAAACUGUAUCACAUAUACGUGUUGAGUUAAGCAGCAUCUCUAAGCCGAAGAAUUACAACAAAUUCGAUCGAUAUAUAUACGAUGAAUGUAAAUUGGAUAAGCGUUAGCGCAAAGGGCUAAACUGCAUGAAUACCUUUGAAACAUUUUUCAAAGGAUCAGUGUAAAAGUGCUUCUCACAUCUUGUUUCAACCGUUAAAUGAUCCCAACCAAUACUACCUCAAAGAACGAAAUUAUUAUGAAAAAAGUACAAAAGCGUAAGAAAUAUGGUCCAUUUAUACAUAAAUUCACCGUGAUAAAAGGUUUCUAACAUAAAUUUGCUCAUGCUUGAAAUAGGCAGAUCUACGGACCUCCGUGUCAUUGAUUGGAACGUUUAUGAUCUAAGCUGGGCAUUAUGAUACCUACGGUACGAGGGCACUGUGCAGUCGUUGAUCGAUCAGUGAAUGACAGGCUUGCCAUCUCAUCGAUUUUACGUUGACAGCAGGACUGAUACUUGUGGUGACGAUGCCUCUUAAACGUCAUCGGUAUUUUCCUCUGAAUAGUUGUUAGAGUUUAUGUACUGCAAUAAAUCGCAGUGGAUUAGAAAAAGUGUGAAAAUGUUCUACGAUAAUUUGAGAAGGCUGAAAGACAUCAAAGACAUAUAUAAUUAACAGUUUCAAGUUUACAGAAAAACGUUUCGACGGGAAAUAUAAAGAAUGUAAUUCAAAGCCAAUAAAUGAACGUCAACGUACAUAAAACAGUGCAAUAGAAUACCCAGCCUUUACUAUCCUCAGAAACAGAAACCAUUUAGUGUUAAAAAAUACGGUGAAACUUAACCGUUUCAAUGAUGAAAGCUAUCAAAUGUAUUGAAAACAUCCACCGAAUAUUGUAAAAUGAUAUUUCGUAUAAAAUAUUUGAUGAAUCUCAGAUCUUUUUCCCAUUUUAAAUUUGAGGAGUAGAAAGUGUUUGAGGUCGUUUGAGUGCAGCUCGUAAAACCCAGGAUGUUUUAAUAGAGGACUGGGCUAGGGCUUCCAUAAGCCUUUAAUAUGUCAAAAAGAGGGAGCAAAAUGGGCCCAGUUGGUUAUCUGGAUGGACUAAGGUUGUGCCCCCCACACUGUAUCCCAAUUGGUUGAUCAGGCGUGCUACAGCUCUGUUCUACAUGGUGCAGAUUUUAUGAGUCUUGUAAUGUGAUCAGGUCUAAUUUCAACAGGUAUUGAAACGGAUUAUACCGGAGACUGCUAUGGGAUGGUGAGGGUGGUGUUUGGUGAGAGCGAUUUGUUACCCCGUAGUAGAAGGCUACGUGUUUAUGAAGAGCAAGAAAGGACGCUCUUCUUUGUUGCUAGUGGGUCCGUCAAGGAACGAGAUCAUUUACAGAUGGGGCAAUUUACACAUGUGUACAUUUCUUUCAUGUUUCCUUUCCCCUAGGAGUAUCUACACUUUCCCCACAACAUGCUUUCUCCUCCGAGCUGCCGCCGAUUUCCCUUUAUAUGGGGGAACAUCUGACUCAUUGCGCGGGAAGAGUGUCCCUUGACAAAACUUAAAAGAUCACACGGGGUUUCUCAAAAGUCAAUCUCUUUUCAGCCAACAUCGAGAUGCAUUACUUGACAUUUACACAAAUCUUCAGAUCUCCCUUUUCACAAAGCUGGAUAUGUUUUCUGAUAUGUCUUAGGUUAUGAAGAUGAUCUAAAGCUUUAUUUCUGAGUACGGCAACGUGUCUUCACAAGAAAUCUUCACAUUUGUAUGUAUUACUCGCCACUCUCCAUGUUUGUGUUCAUUCAACCACAGGCGUUUUUUCUGUUCUUGCAACAGAGGUUAAAUAAAUUAUUUGUUGUCAAACUAA